AUGUCCCAUCCAACCCUACCCGUUCGCGCUGCUUUGAUCGGUCUCUCCUCCUCAGCCAUAACAUCAUGGGCCUCCUCAGCCCAUCUCCCCGCCCUCCUCAGUCCAAUAGGGUGUUCCAAAAUCACCCUUAAAGCACUCUUGAACAGCAGUACCGAUGCUGCAAAAUCAGCCAUCUCGACGUACAAGCUCCCCGCUGAUACCAAAGCAUACGGCAACCCAGACGCGCUCGCCGAAGACCCAGAUAUCGAUCUCGUCAUUUGCAAUACUCGGGUCGACAAGCAUUACGAAACCAUCAUCCCGAGCGUUAGAGCUGGGAAAGACGUGUAUGUCGAGUGGCCGAUUGCUGCGAAGAGAGAACAUGUGGACGAGUUGCUUGCGGCGGCGAAGAAGAGUGGUUCCAGGAUUGCUGUGGGGUUGCAGGGGAGAUGGGCGCCUCCUGUAGCCAAGCUGAGAGAGCUUUUGGAGGGCGGAAAUGGUAAGCUGGGCAAGGUGCUUAGCGUAGAUGUAAAGGCAUACGGCGGGACGAAUGAUCGCGAGAUUCUGCCGGUCGGGUUGAAGUACUUCGCACAGAGGGAGAUCGGCGGCAAUCCAAUUGUGAUUGGAUUUGGACACUUGUUCGAUACCGUGCUCUCGGUUGUUGGUGAGCUUGACUCUUCCACCAUUCAUGCGAAAGCCCAACUUCAGCGACCGAGCGUCAGAAUCCGAGAUACUUCCACGGACAAGAUCGUCGAGACCAUCACGUCCGACGUUCCAGACCUGCUUUCUAUCCAUGGAGCGCUUACUCCGACGUCUCUCGCAGCUCCUAAGGCAACACUGUGCGUUGGCUUCCGCCGUGGCCAGCCAUUCCCAGGCACUCCUCCCCUUGUGUGGACGAUCAACUGUGAGCGUGGAGAAAUCCGCCUUGUGUCACCCUCUGGUACUGCACUCCAGGCCAACGCAGGCGACGAUGUUAGCAUUCAAAUCCAUCGUUUCGAUACCGAUAACGUUGAGAAUGUCCGCUGGACGUGGAAAGAACCCCAGCAGGCACUGCCGCUCAUGGCAAGGUCAGUAUCAGAAUGUCUGUAUGCAUUCGCAGAGGGUCGCGAGGAUGGCGAUGGAUGGGCUGGUAUUGAUAGUGCGGCGUACAAUGCGCUCGCACCACGAGCACCAACUCCUCAACUUGCCAGUGACUUCACGCUCGAGAUAUUGCACUGCCUUCUCUCGCUCGUCCUCGUAAAGCUUCACACAUUCACCAACACGUACCUGCUUCUUGUGCUUGACCUUCAAAACGCCCCCAAUACCCUCGAUCUCCUGCGCAAGGUAGCUCGUGCCCCUCCAGCGCUCGCCUGCCUCUGGCGAUGCAUCUGCAGCAGCCAGUGCAUCCAGUAUAUCUUGCUCGCAAGUCUCGUGCUCAACGACACGGGCGCCCAGACAAGCUGA